AUAGAAUCCCCGUUGCCAUGACUACCGGAUUGCGUCCUAAACGCAGAGGCACAGCUGCGAGAGGCUGAAGGGAAUCCUGUUGGUCGUGGGGUUUCCUUGACCAGUGAUCCAGAGAAGCAUCAUGGGCCGAAUCACAGAAGAUCUUAUUAGACGGAAUGCUGAGCACAAUGACUGUGUAAUUUUUUCCCUGGAGGAACUUUCUUUGCAUCAGCAAGAAAUAGAAAGAUUAGAACAUAUUGACAAAUGGUGCAAGGAUUUAAAAAUUCUCUAUCUUCAAAAUAACCUCAUUGCAAAAAUUGAAAAUGUUAGCAAACUCAAGAAACUUGAAUAUUUGAACUUAGCAUUAAACAACAUUGAAAGAAUUGAAAACUUGGAAGGAUGUGAGUGUCUGACAAAACUUGACUUGACUGUAAAUUUCAUUGGAGAGCUGAGCAGCAUUAAAACCCUGAUACACAAUAUUCAUCUGAAGGAGCUCUUCCUCAUGGGUAACCCAUGUGCUGACUUUGAUGGCUACAGGCAGUUUGUGGUGGUGACCUUACAGCAGUUAAAGUGGUUGGAUGGCAGAGAAAUUGAACGUUCCGAAAGGAUCCAGGCAUUGCAGAACUACGCAGCGGUUGAACAGCAAAUCAGAGAGCAGGAGAAAGCUUACUGCCUUAGAAGAGCCAGAGAGAAAGAGGAGGCUGAGAGGAAACUCGAGGAAGAACAGGGAAGUGGAGACAAGAAGGAGAGCAGCCCCGGCUUUGACGGGUGUCGGUAUGCGGACACCUAUGCUUUUUGCCCAUCUGCCACAGAGAACAAAAACCAUCUCCAGGCACCAGAAACACAAGGAGAUCCCAGCUCCAAGGAAACAGAUGAAAGUGAAGAUGAUCUGGCAUUCUGGAAUAAACCCUCUUUGUUCACCCCUGAAUCUAGAUUGGAAACUCUCAGGCAUAUGGAAAAACAACGUAAAGCCCAAGAGAAAUUAAGUGAAAAUAAGAAGAAAGUGAAGCCACCCCGGAUUUUGGUUACUGAAGAUGGGAAAGCCCUGAAUGUCAAUGAAGCCAAACUUGAUUUCUCUGUGAAAGAUGACGAGAAACACAACCAAAUCAUCCUGGACCUGGCUGUCUAUAGGUACAUGGAUACCUCUUUAAUUGAAGUUGAUGUGCAGCCAACCUAUGUUCGAGUAAUGGUCAAAGGAAAGCCAUUUCAGCUUGCCCUCUCUGCAGAGGUGCAGCCUGACAGAAGCUCUGCUAAAAGGUCUCAGACAACAGGACACUUGCUGAUCUGCAUGCCCAAGGUAGGAGAAAUGAUCACAGGAGGUCAGCGAACUCUGAUGUCUAUGAAAACCACUCUGGACAGCAACAGGGAACAAACAAACCCCAGAAGAAAGCAGAUAGAAAGAUUAGAAGUUGAUCCCAGCAAGCAUUCCUGCCCUGAUGUGUCUACCAUAGUACAAGAGAAAAAACACAAACCCAAAAGAAUGGAAUCUCAACCCCCAAUUGUACCCAGUGAGGAAGACCUAGACUUUGAUGAUAACCCAGAAGUACCUCCACUAAUUUGAAACAUGAGACUGUGUUGUCAUUGACUGUGACCCACAAACACAUGUUGCUUGGUGUUGACAGUGGAUGUGUGUCAUUCAUGGGCUAAACAUUGUUCAUUAUCAUUUUAUGGGUGUUGUAACUCCUACUCUGCAUAGUAAUAUUCUUAAGUGAGUUUAAAAUUAAAUUGCCUUCCUUAAAUGUGCUGUAACUUAUCACUCAUCUACAAUUAAGCUUACCUAUUAAAAAUGCAGUGAUAUAAUAGAACGAUGACGUUCAAUAUUAAGAAUGAAUCAUUUGACUGCUUGUUUAUGCAAUAGAUGUGUCAUAUGGAUUUGAGCAGAUUGCUCAAGCUCGGAAGUUAAAACUGUAAUCUCAGGUCUAACUGAAAUGCUUUGACAUGAUUUUAUCCAGUGUUUCCACUCUUCUUCUCAGUUUUUGCUUUCUCCGGUGGUGUAAUGGCAAGAAUUUGACAUUAGAUUCCUCUAUUUGGAUUCCUGUGGAGUCACUGCAUAAAGACUUUCAGCUGGUCCUUGAUCUCCUCAGAACGAAAUGGUUUCAUCUGCACUAGGCUAACACAACCUCUCCAGCAUGUGUUGCCUCUUGAGUUUUUGAUCUUAGCCAUCCUGAUGUGUAUAAGGUGAAAUCUAGGUAUUUUUUAAAGAUUUAUUUUCAUUCAUGGAUGUAUAUGUGGGGAACCCAAUGAGGCGAAAAGAAGGCAUCAGAUCUCCCAGAGCUGAAGUUACAGGUUGCUGUGAGUUACAAAGACAUAAGUACUAGGAAUCAUGCAUGGAAUCUCUAGGAGACUAUGGUAGUUUAAAUGAGAUACCCCCAGAAGGUUUGGACAAUUUGUAUUUGUAUUUGGAUACAAAUAUUUGUAUCCAGAUAGUUAUUUUUCAGGGAGGAUUAUAAAUAGAAUAGACAGUGGAAGUGGUUGAAGAGAAGGAACAGCAUAGGAGAGGAAGUGCUGAGGGAAAUGAGGGUGGGGAUCAGAUGUGGGAAGAGUGGGGCCCUGGAGGAUACAGGGGCUUGCAGAGAGAAGAGAAACCUUGGGCAGGGGCAUUUCUGAGACUGGAGACCAACAAUAGGAUAGGCUCCUGGAAGGAUAUGGGGGUGACUCUACCUGAGACUCCUAGUAGUGGGUGGUCAUGGAGACUGAAGAGAUCACCCUCAAACCAGACAGGACUUCUCCUAGAGGAAGGGGAGCAUCAACCAACACACAAAAACUUUGACCCAAAAUUCAACCUGCCUACACGAUGUUCAGGGAUAAAGAUAGAACUUGAGGCAGGAACUAGGAGGCAAGAAAAAUGUAGGAAUGAUUUUUGCUGUCUCUCAUCCACAGGUUUAUGCUUAGCUAGUUAUCUUCUAUAGCCUAGGAUCACCUGACGAGAGAUGGUGUCACACACAGUUGGAUGAAUGCUCCUAAAUUAAUAAUCAAGAAAAUCCCCCACAUCAGUGUUCUCAGGUCAAAACCUUCUUCUCAGUGAUUGUAGGCUUGUGUCAAGUUGACAAAGGCUGGAAACAGCCCAGAUGCCCCUCAACUGAAGAAUGAUGCAGAAAUUGUGGUACAUCUACACAAUGGAAUAUUACUCAGCAAUGAAAAUAUGGAAAUCAUGAAAUUUGCAGGUAAAUGGUGGGAACUGGAAAGGAUCAUCCUGAGUGAGCUAUCCAAGAAGCAGAAAGAUACACACAUUAUAUACUCACUCAUAUAGACAUGUAAUAUAGGAUAAACCUACUAAAAUCUGUACAUCUAAAGAAACUAAUCAAGAGAGAAGACCCUGACUAAAAUGCUCAAUCCCCAUCCCAAAAGGCAAAGAGGAAGGACAUCAGAAGAAGAAGAAAAAAAAAAAAAAAGCUAGAAAUCCACCUCUGAAAGGCUCUGCCCUGCAGCCUAUCAAAGCAGACACUGAGACUUAUGGCCAACUGUUGGGCAACAUGCAGGCAACAUACAUCUUAUGUAAGAAGUGGGAAAUAGUAAGAUCUGGAGAGGACAGGAACUCCACAAGGAGAGCAACAGAACCAGAAAUUUGAACACAGGGGUCUUCCCAGAGACUCAUACUCCAACCAAGUACCAUGCAUGGAGAUAACCUAGAACCCCUGCACAGAUAUAGCCCAUGGCAGUUUAGUGUCCAAGUGGGUUCCAUAGUAAUGGGAAGAGGGACUGCCUCUGACAUAAUCUGACUGGCCUGCUCUUUGGUCACCUCCCCCUGUGGGGGGAGUAGCCUUACCAGGACACAGAAGAUGAUAAUGCAGCCACUCCUGAUGAGAUCUGAUAGACUAAGGUCAAAAAGAAGGAGAGGAGGACCUCCCCUA